AUGGGAAACCAUCCUUCGAAUCACGUGCCAUUUGAGAGAUCUGGGACUAGCAAGUUUGGAGAUGUUAAUACGAGGCGCAGUCUGCGGUCCCCCCGCAAGAUGGACAGGCUGCGGCGCUCGUUCCGGGACUCCUUCCGCAGGCGGAAGGACAAAGUUCCGGAGAGUUCGAAACCUCACCAGUGGCAGGCCGACGAGUCGGCCGUCCGGUCUGGCACGUGCACGUUCUCGGUGAAGUAUCUGGGGUGCGUGGAGGUGUUUGAUUCGCGAGGAAUGCAGGUGUGCGAGGAGGCUCUCAAAGUGUUGAGGGGUUCAAGACGAAGGCCGGUCAGGGCAGUCCUUCACGUUAGUGGAGACGGUCUCAGGGUGGUCGAAGAAGACACGAAAGGGCUGAUCGUGGAUCAGACGAUAGAGAAGGUGUCGUUCUGUGCACCCGACAGAAACCACGAGCGAGGUUUCAGCUACAUAUGCCGAGAUGGCACCACCAGGAGGUGGAUGUGCCACGGUUUCUUGGCGUUACGGGAAAGCGGAGAAAGACUUUCGCACGCGGUCGGCUGUGCGUUCGCUGUUUGUUUGGAGAGGAAACAAAAAAGAGACAAAGAAUGCGGAGUAACGAUGAUGUUCGAUGCGAAGAACAACACUUUCACUAGGACCGGUUCAUUUAGGCAGCAGAGUUUGACAGAAAGGCUGGAAAAGGAGCGGGGAAUCGACGUUGGACCUUCGAAACCCACUCCAGUCAAUCCAUUCGCCAUCGAAAGGCCACACGCAACGCCCAGCAUGUUGCAAAGGCAGGGAAGUUGCAGAGGCUUCAGCGUCCUCGGCGAGAGCUCCCCCUUCAAGCGCCAGAUGUCGCUGCGCGUCAACGAGCUGCCCAGCAACGCCGCCCGCCUCAACUCGUACCGGUCGCCCAGCUCGCCGCCCGCCGCCCAGCCGCCAGUCUCGCCCAUCCCGGAGGCGCCCGUCUCGCCCGGCGACUCGGUCACCGCCCUCUGCCAGCAGCUGUCUCAAGGGCUGAGCCAGCUCACGAACAGCGGCUCGGACGAUUUCAAUUUCAACAACCAGAGCUCCGUGAACCAGAAUACGGUCAAUUUGAACGUGACGACGAUCAACAACACAAGUUUCAGGGCGCCAUCGUCCAUCCAGACCACUAUGACCUACACGCCCAUCAGCCUGAACUUCAGCCCGAAGACCCCGAUCAACACCAGCGUCAGCUCGACCAGCACCCUGCCCAAGCCCGAGCAGUGGCUGGAGCUGGUCAACACUUCCGGGGUGUCGAAUAGGCACACUUCCGGGGGGUCGCCUAGGCACAAUUCCGGGGUGUCGCCUAGGCGCACUCCAUCGCUCAAGGCCCACUCCAGGGCGCUGUCGCUGGACACGGGCUCGGAGGGCUUGCAGACCAACAAGGAGGACCCUUUUGAUGCCGAAUGGGCGGAAAGGGCGGCGGCUCAGAACACGAACGGCACCAAUCCGUUUCUGACGAGCGCGGUGGCGCCUCAGGCUUUUCAGAUUCAGCUGUAGCUGAAGUAAAAACGUUCCGUGUCGGUGAGGCUAUAGUACAGAUGUAUUGAAACAUUGCCGGCAUAUGGGAUUUUCAAUGGGUUUUGACGAAAGUUAUUUUAGCUUACCGACCAGCACAAAAUAUAAGAGAUAUGUGGGAUAGUUGA